UGGAGACCUCAGCUGCCGCAGUCAGAAUCGACGACUACUAAAUGGUCUGUUUCGGCCCAUGUGUUUCCUCUUGUCGUCCUUUUCGUGCUCGAAUCCGUGUGGUGUUGCGACGGAGCUUGCCAUCGAGGAAGAAUAACAGCAUCAAUCACUGUUUCUUUUCUAAUUACAUUUUCCUCGUUUGUUUGUGGACCUUGAAGGCAGUAUCUUAGUUCCUAGACGUAAGGUUUGAGAGGUCGGAGAGGUCGUAGAGUGUGCUGAGACAGAGCAGUUGAGAUGGGAAGCGACGGCAUGGAUAUUGGUUUUCUGGGCUUGGGAAUUAUGGGAAUUGCCAUGGCUCGGAAUCUGCUGAAGAAAGGGUUUAACGUGACUGUGUGGAACAGAAGUCCAGGCAAGUGCGAGGAGCUUGCGAAAGAAGGAGCUUCAAUCGGCAGCUCUCCAGCAGAUGUGGUGAAAAAGUGUUCCAUCACCAUAGCGAUGCUGGCCGAUCCAUCUGUAGCGAUAUCGGUUGCAUUGGGCCCUGGUGGAGUGGUGGAAGGUAUUACCCCUGGAAAAGGAUAUGUGGACAUGUCCACCGUCGAUUCCGCGACAUCAUCUCAAAUCGCGAAGGCUAUUGAAGCAAAGGGUGGAGACUUUCUGGAAGCACCAGUGUCAGGUAGUAAACAGCCGGCCGAAGCGGGUACUCUUAUCAUCCUCGCUGCGGGCAGUGAGUCUUUAUUUGCUAAGGUGAAACCAGCCUUCGAUGCCAUGGGAAAGAAAUCCUUCUUCCUGAAUGACGUGGGUAGUGGUGCCAAAAUGAAACUGGUUGUCAACAUGAUUAUGGGCAGCAUGAUGACGGCUUUCUCAGAAGGUCUAGCGCUGGCAGACAAAGCAGGACUAAGUCAACAAACUCUCCUUGAAGUUCUGGAGCUAGGUGCCAUCGGUAAUCCAAUGUUCAAGUUGAAAGGUCCAUCCAUGAUUAGCGGAAAAUGUCCCACGGCAUUCCCACUGAAGCAUCAACAGAAGGAUAUGCGUCUGGCGCUAGCUUUGGGAGAUGAAGUUGGACAGUCAAUGCCUGUAGCAGCUGCAGCUAAUGAGAUAUACAAGAAAGCUCGAAGCCUGGGUUUAGGUGAACAAGACUUUUCAUCUGUACAUCAAGCACUUACCCAAGAAGCUGCUAACGCAUCAGACUCUGCCAAAGCUGCUGCAUAGGCAAUAGCGCACGGUUGCCUCACAACCCAUUUUCGCACAAGCUUCUGCUUGUGGCGUCACCAUUUUAUUGGGCCGCAUCAUGCAAGGUCAUUUGCAUCACGCGUGCCAGAGUAUGACUUCACGCAUGUCAGAUGAUGACAUACAUUCAGCUACAAUUUAAAGCUGGAAGGAAUGGCAACAGCAGCCCUCAAUGAUAGAGCUGGAUCUUGCAAUUGUUAGAUUCUAGCUGCGGGAUCCCAUCUUUGAACCCUGAUAUAUUUUAUCAUUCAUAUAUAUAUAUAUAUAUACAUAUGUGUA